AUGAAGAUCAUAAAGGUGGCUACUGCACAGCUUCCACACACUGCUUCAGGUGUCCUAAAGGGUGACACCAUCUCUGCAUCCCCUAAACUCAUCUCCACGGGCCAGAUCCACCAGCCCACCUCCUCCACAGUUCCAGUCCAAGGCUGUCAGACCUCUCCUCCUCUCGUGGUGGUAACUAAGGUGGCCACUUCAGCAGCAGUGGGUACCAGUAAUGAACAACCACAGGCAUCCAAAGCUGUCCUGAACCAGGUGGCCUCCUUAAAUCCAAACCCAACUCCAGGAAGAACAGUGGUGAUAACUGUACCCCGGGCACCUGUUCCAAAGUCGGUCACUGUGGCCCCUCAGCUCUCUCAGGCUGCUAUCCCACAGCUCCCCACAAACAUCCACAUCCCACCAGGGAUGAUGCUGAUCCGCAGUGACAGUGGUCAGCUGAUGCUGGUUUCCCAACAGGCUUUGGCACAGGCUCAACAGGCGCCACGAGCCAGCUGUGGCCAGCAGGCGCCCCCGAAUGUUGACCCCCAGGUAACUCCAGCAGCUGCUGCCAAAACUAAGGAGAAGGUGACAGUGAUCAGAAUGACGGCCCCUCCCAGCUCCAGCCAGCGCCAGUCCAGAAAACGGCUGUGGUUGAAGGUGAUUGGUACUCCUAACCCAGCUUUAGUCCAGACCCUCAGUUCUGUGCCAGAUCGGGGGAGUCAACCUCGCAUCCUGACAGCCAUCACAGAAACCAAAAAGGAGCCCACACCCACAUUCAGUCAGGAGACACUGGAAAGUGUGAAGAAGUGCAAGAACUUCCUGGUGACUCUGAUCAAGCUGGCCUCCAGUGACUCCAGGUCUGCAAAUAUGGCCAACAAUGUCCGCGGUCUGGUCAGGAGCCUUUUGGAGGGGAAACUAGAAGCAGAAGAGUUUACGGAACAGCUCUAUCGUGAGCUGAAAUCAACUCCACAGCCUUGCCUCGUGCCUUUCCUCAAGAAAAGCCUCCCUGCAGUGCGAUGUCUUACUACAGACCCACAAUUAUUCAUCCAGCAAGCUUCAACCUCCAGCCGAAGCCCCAGCACUUCCUCCCUGAAGCAGUCUGACACAGGGCAAAGCAUCAAGGCCCACCAGCAGGUGAUCCAGCCAACUAGAGUGUACACAGCCAAGAUCAGCAGACCCUCCUCCAAACAAAUAGGCCUGCAGUCAGCAAAACACUUCACAGGACCUUUUCCUAUGAGGCAGCCCCUUACUCAUGACCCACCUCAUUCUACCCGAUUUGCAUUCAAGGACAGUUCAGCAUCUUACAAAGAGGAUGAUGACAUAAAUGACGUAGCGUCCAUGGCUGGAGUGAACCUCCGAGAGGAGAAUGCACAGAUCCUGACCACUGUGGUUGGCUCUGUGGUGCAGUCAUGUCAGGAUCAGCCCUUCCUUUCACCAAACCCAGUGCUCAGCCGAAUCCUGCACACAGGAAAGGCACUGGGAGUGACAGAUGUGGGUCCAGAGGUUGUGGCUCUGGUUUCUCAUGCUACCCAGGAGUACCUCCGCGGGAUACUGGAGAAACUCACUUUGAUGGCAGAACACCGCAAGUCAGCCCUCAAGGAGGAUCAGUGGUCUACCAAAGUGAGCGAUGUGCGCGCUCAGCUUCGUUUUCUUGAGGAAGUGGAGAGUUUGAAGAAGAAAAAGAAAGAUGAAGAGGAGAAAGAAAGACUGCUGCGAUUGGCCAGGCGUCGCUCACACAUGGAGGAUCCACUGCAUCAACAGCUGAAGCAGCGAGCCAAAGAGUUACAACAAAUGGAGGAAGCUCAGCUGCAGCAGAGAGAGGCCAACCUCACAGCUUUGGCUGCUAUUGGACCACGCAAGAAGAGACCCCUAGAGCACACCGACAGCCAGGUGUGUGUGCUGCCCAGACCUGGUGUUCAGAGAGUGAACCGAGUCAUGCUCAAAGAUCUGCUGCAGUGUAUGGAACAAGACCACUUCUUGCGUCACUCUUUGACGCUGUACAGAGCCAUGCUGUGA